AUUUUAUAGUAUCCAAAUUUGUGUGUCGAGCACUUAGUUGCCCUAGCCAAUGAAGAGUAACCCUGACAAAAGAGAAUGGAAAGAAUCGAAAACGAAUACUUUAAAAGGCCAUGUAUCAAAACAGGCCCACUACAGAAAAAGAACCCUAGGGACUAAUACAUAAACUCCAUUAGCACCACAGCUACUCCUCCUCGCCUCCGUCGCUCAUCAUCCUCUAAGUCUCCUUGUAACUCAGUGAAAAAGGUUCGAGCUUUAGAGAAUAAUGGCUGCCUUCCCCAACCUUAACUCUGACGCUGGAUUGAAGAAGCUCGAUGAGCAUCUUCUCACUCGCAGUUACAUCACUGGGUACCAGGCUUCCAAGGAUGAUAUCACUGUCUUUACUGCUCUUGCUAAGCCACCAACCUCCCAGUAUGUGAACGCUUCUCGUUGGUACAACCACAUCGAUGCCCUCUUGAGGAUCUCUGGUGUUUCUGCUGAGGGAAGCGGUGUCAUUGUUGAGGGAUCAGCCCCAGUCGCAGAAGAGGCUGUUGCUACUCCUCCUGCAGCUGAUUCUAAGGAUGCUGCUGAUGAAGAGGAUGAUGAUGAUGUUGACCUUUUUGGUGAGGAGACCGAGGAGGAGAAGAAGGCUGCUGAGGAGAGAGCUGCUUCCGUGAAGGCAUCCACAAAGAAGAAGGAAUCUGGAAAGUCAUCUGUGUUGAUUGAUAUCAAGCCAUGGGAUGAUGAGACUGACAUGAAGAAGCUAGAGGAAGCUGUGAGAUCUAUCCAGAUGGAAGGAUUAUUCUGGGGUGCAUCCAAGCUUGUUCCAGUUGGUUACGGUAUCAAGAAGUUGCAGAUCAUGUGCACCAUUGUUGACGACCUUGUCUCUGUUGACACCAUGAUUGAAGAGCAGCUCACCGUCGAGCCAAUCAAUGAGUUUGUCCAGAGCUGUGACAUUGUUGCUUUCAACAAAAUCUGAGGAUGGCUUUGCUUCAAGGAAGCGCUCGUGCAAUCUGAUUAUUGUUUCCAAGUUUCUUGUGCACUCAUGUUUUUGAUUUGCUAUGGUUUGCCGUAUCUCCUGUUUAAUUUUGAUAUUUUACGAAGAAGACAAUUUUUUGUUA